GCACGGGCUGGAGCGGGAGCUUCAGCUAGGCUCGGGCGGCGUUGCUCGUUCCCGCUGUGCAGCGCCCGUAACGACGGUGCCGCCAGAACCGGCCGCCGGCCCCCACCGCAGCGAGCGCUCCCGCCGCCGGGCCUACGUGAGGCGCGCGCGUCCCCUCCCCGUGACGCCGGUCGCUAUAGCGACGGGCGGGCGCUCCAGCCGCCGCACCGUCCGCCGUUCCUCCCGUGGCGGCCGCGGCGAUGGCGGCGGAGGAGGAGGGCGACGUGGAGUGGGUGGUGGACACCAUCGCCGGGUUCCUGCAGGGGCCCGCCUGGUCCAUCCCCAUCCUGGAGUUCAUGGAGCAGAAGUGCGAGGUUUUUGAUGAUGAAGAAGAAAGCAAGUUGUCUUACACAGAAAUUUAUAAGGAGUACCAAGCUCUGGUUGAAAAAUUAUUAGAAGACUAUCUUAAAGAAGUUGGAAUUAAUGAAGAGAAAUUUCAAGAGGCUUUUUCAUCUCCUCUUGCAAAGACACGCACUUCACAGGCCAUUUUGCAAACAGUGUUGGCAGCAGAAGAUUUUAGACUAUUUAAAAAAAUGAUGGUACAGAAAAAUAUUGAAAUGCAAUUGCAAGCUAUUAGAAUCAUUAAAGAAAGAAAUGGUGUGUUGCCCGACUGUUUGACAGAGGGUUCUGAUGUAUUCAGUGAAAUUGAAGAAGAAGAAAUGAAGAUACUGAGGGAGGUUCUAAGAAAAUCUAAGGAAGAAUAUGAAAUAGAGCAAGAAAGAAAGAGGACUGAAGAAGCACGUGGUAAACUUAAAUCACCAGAUGUUAGCUACAGUUCUCCAGGAGAUUCAAGAGAAGCCAUAAAAGUGAAGGAGUCCAUGGAGGGAGCUGAUGAUUCUGAAGGAACUCCAAAACUUCCAUUAGAGGAAUCUCAGAAAUAUGCAAGGGAGGACUUAAAACCAGUGCGGCCAUUACCAAAAGGAACAGAAAGCUUACCUCAGCCAUCUUGUACCAAAGGGAAAGACGACAUUAAGAAAAGGUCAGCUGGAAAAUGUUCAGAAAAUGCAGCGCAAAAGGCUGGGAUGAAAGGACCUAAUUUGUCAGAACUUGAAAAACAGCAGCUGAAGCAACGAGAGGACUACCUGAAGAAGAAACGAGACAUGCUGAUGGCUACAAAGAAAGAGUCAAGAAAUAAUGUACUGUUACCAUCAAACUCUGAGCAGAAAGAAGAGGAAUCGUCUCCUAAGGAGGAAAUGUCAGAAGAGAAGCAAAGGUUACUGCAGAAGAGGAAAAUGCUUGCAGAAAAACUGAAAGAAGAAGUUAUUAAUAAGCGGUAAUUUUAAGAAGCUCAUUGCAGAUCUCAAGAACACAAGUAUGUCUUUAGAAUCAAUUAUAUAAUCAAUAAUUGAAUGGAUUUUUUUCCAAUAUUACUUUGUUUUAUAGAACUUUCAGACAAGCAACGCAGUACUUUUAUAGAAUAAGUAUUUAAAAUGUCACUGGAAUACACUAAAACCAGACUUUCCAGAAUGCUGGAAACUAUGACUUUCCCUGGCCCCUGUUCAGCGGCCAGGCCCCUGACCAUCACUGCAGCGUGCAGGCUGCCUCAGUACUGACCUCAGCCACGUGAUGGCAGACGGAACAAAAGCAGAUACUGAGAUCUGUUAAAAUAAUUCCUCUGUGAACAGUUCUGAGUUAAAAACUUUAUUUUUUUUAUUUUUCAAUUAAACAACUCUGUUCCUUUUACUAGAAUAUUAUAAAAAAUUUGCUACUUUUCAGCUGUGCAAUGUAAUAAAGUCUAAUUCCACAAGAA